GAGCGUUAAAUUGGGCAUGCCGCCUCAGUUGAACUUGAAAGGUCAAGCAAACAGAAAAAAAGAAAGAAAGAAGCAGCUAGUUGAGGCGAGGCGGUGAGAAGAAGCUACUACCAAUCGGAAAGCUCUUUAUCAUUCUCUCUGAUCUUAAUAUUUCUCAAGGUUCUGUGAGCUCUUCAGGUUCACAUUUGGAAAGCGUUGCAAGGCUUUUUCUAAAUAUACUCAAAAGCCUUGUGGUUUGCUUCCUCGUGCUCUUUUCUGGUUGAUUUGAAGUAGAGAUACUGAAGUUUUCGAAGGUGAGGAUACAAUUAUUUGUAAUAAAAAAUCUCAUCACAAAGCUUUUAUGGAGUUAAGAUGGAAUAAUGCCAGGUUUGCCCUUUCUUUUACUUGUUAACUAAUGUUUGAUCUUAAUUAAAUAUAGUUUAAUAGUUUUUGGCGUAGUUUCAAGGUGGUCUAUAGAUAGUUAUUAAAUGAAUUUUUUUUUUACUUUUCUUUUGGUUUCGGUGAAGUUAACUUUGCAUUUAUAAAUGCAAAUGAUGAUUGCUGGAAUGGUUAUAUUAAAGUUAGAGAUGAUGAGUUUGGCUGACAAUUUACUUAAUAUCUGAUUCUCUGUGCAUUGCACUGAUUUUAAGGCAUCGAUAACAUCAGUGAAGUUCACCGCCUCCUGCUUUAAUUGACUUUUGGAAUUUUCUUUUUGCUUGUGCAUGGAGUGUGAUAUGAUGUGGCAUUUAUGUAUGUAUAGUUGAUAUCCAUGAAACAUAGCAUGUGAAUUCGUUUUUGACUUUACAUUCCCCCUGGUAGCAUUUCUGUGAUGAUAAAAAAUAACUGGGUAUAACUAACUAGGUCACUAACAACGUAGCUAAAAACUUGGAAGCAUCCUUAUUUUGAUUCUCUCCUCUGGCGUGCACAAGCUUAUCAUCAUUUUGUGAACACCCAGUGCAUGUGAGCCGUGUCAUCAAGUGCUAAUCCUGUUAGACACCGCUUUUUUUCCUUCUAUCUGAGCUUUACUUAUCAGAAAUUUCGAUUUCAUUAGAGACAGAACUUAAAGGCCUGAAAUGGGACUAUGCUGCUAGCAAUUAUGUUUAAAUUCAGAGUUGAUUGCUUACUUCAAUUAUAUGUUGUUAUUUCAGUUUGGGCCUUGGAGUUUCUCCAUCCACCUUAUUUGGUGAUAAUACAUGUUUCUUAUUGACAGAAAUUUGGUGCCUUGUUUUAUUUUAAUUUUAUUGGUUCAGGGUUGUGAGUCUACUCAUUUACUUUGGUUGUCCAGCCAUUCAUGGUUUAGUUCAUCCACUUCUCUCCUAAUUUAGUAAUUUCUCCUUUUCAGGGUUUAGAAUGUUCCGAGUACAUGUAAACUAGUCUUUUCCGUGCACAAAGUCCUUCUCGGUGAUAAAAUUUGUUAGAUUUCGUGCAUGUUUCACAAAACAUAUGCCAAGUACCAUAUUCUUUAUGCUGAUUUGCUUUAUCCAGGCAAAAUUGUCUUUGCAAGCUAGGUAAAGGAUCAUGGUGGGAUUUAAGAAUAGGUACAUGGUAAUGGAAGUUUUCUUGGAUCCAAAUCGAGAUCUUGGAGUGGAUGAUCCUAUUAUAAUAACACAAUAUAAUGUUUCAAAAGCGAUUAAAGACGGUAUUCUCGUAAACUUUGGGGAGUGUGGUUUGGCUUCAUCCCUUGGAUCGUUCCAAGUCAAGUAUGUGAAUCCGAUUACCAAGCUAUGUAUCAUCAGAACCUCACGAGAGGAGUACCAAAAGGUCUGGUCUGCAAUUACCAUGGUUAGGCGCAUUGGUAACUGCCCAGUUCUAUUCAACCUGCUAGAUCUAAGUGGAAGUAUCAAGGCCUGUAAAGAUGCUGCCUUGAAGUGUGAUGAAAUGAAAUUUGAGCACUACAAACUUGCAGCUGGAGCACCUCUCUCUGCUGAUGUUAAUCAGCACAUGCAAAACUGUCUUGAAAAGAUCAAGAUUUUGGAGCACUGAGCCUUGCGUUGGUUGUAACCUACUGGCCUGCCAAAUUUUGGAGCACUGCUUUGUUUUGCACAGCUCAUGAACAGUUUCAAACUGGCGAUUUCUGAUCCAUCCCUUUCAGCAAUGGUGUCAUGAGUUGUGUUGGUCGUAAAAGACAACCUUAAUUAGAAUGCAAGGAUCAGCUAACAAGAACAAAUAGCCAAGGAUGGUCGAGUUGCUGCUCUAAGGAUCUAGAUCCAGGAAUCCCAUUCUUGACAAUAUUUUUUUUUAUUUUUGUUUGCUUAUGGAAAGAAAUGCAAACAACAAAUCUUAUCAAUUUAUAAAUCCUUAGCUUAAUAAUAUUCUUACAUCAAAUAAAUACAUAUUUCUUAGAUUACAA